AUGAAAAAAAUAAGUGAACUCUCAGGAGAAUCCAAUGAAACUGAUAUUGAUGAAUGGUUAUUCGACUUAAACAAUUUAUUUUCAAUAAUGAAAUUAAAAGAUGAAACAAAAAUUCUCGAAAUAAUGAGCAAAUUAACGGGACCAGCAUUACGAUGGUAUCAAGAAAAUUUAAGAUCAUUUAUUAAUUGGAAUGAUGCUGAAAAAGCACUACGAGAUCGAUUCGAAGAAUUUCGAUCUGACUAG